UUGUGUUGAGCCUUGAGAGAGCUUCAAAUAUCUGACUGUGAUAUCAUUUCUUCUGCUCUGUUCUACGCUCCAACUAUUUGCUAUAAAACAACAUCGAAUUAAAGGGAAGAGCUUUGUGGGGAUUUUGCUUUACUGCUUCCGUUUUCUCAACACUCUGAGUAAUGGGUAUGUUUCACUUUCUCAACUCCUUGUGAUUUCUCUUCAUGGGCAAGUAAUUUGAAUUGCUUGCUCACUGUUUGAUAAUUAGUUUCUUUAGUGUUUAUCAUUUUGCUUAGGAAAAAGAAGAAGAAAGAUAUAGGAAUUAGGAAGAGAAACAAUGGAAGGGUUGUUAAACACAUUCCCUAACCAAACUUGCUUUAAACCCUUCCUUUUUUAUCCUAAGAUAGUUCAUAAGCUUCCAAUGUUAAAAGUAAGAACUGGCUUUUUUACUCGAAAACCUGAGCUGGAUUUUGUGAGAAGAAAUUGUAUAAAUUUAGGUAGAGAUAGUCAUGCUAUUAGCUCAGUGAGUGUUGAUGGUGGUGAUGAAGAAAAAGAAAAAGAAAGUAGUAUGGAUUGGGAAUUGGAGUUCCUCGGGGAGAUUGAUCCUUUGGAUGUUAAACCUCCUAAGAAAAAGAAAAAACAAAUUAAGUCUAGGCUGUUGGAAGAUACCGAUGGAAUGGAUUGGUGUGUGAGAGCAAGAAAGGUUGCCCUCAGAUCAAUUGAAGCAAGGGGGUUGAGUCAUAAAAUGGAGGAUUUGGUUGCCGUCAAGAAGAAAAAGAAAAAGAAGAAGAAGAAAUUGGUAAACAAUGAGAAAUUUGAUAGGAAACUCAAGGAAGUUGAAGAAGAUUUGGAUUCUGAUUCGGAGGAUGACUUUGAAUUGCAAGAUAUGGAAAAUUUGGAUGAUAUUGAUGAUCUAAAAAGGAAGGUCAGUAUGAUGGCGGGCGGGAUGUUUGAAGAGAAGAAGGAGAAGGCAAUGGAAGAACUUGUUCAGAGGUUGUCCCAAUUUUCGGGGCCCACUGAUCGUAGGAAAGAAAUUAACUUGAACAAAGCUAUUAUAGAAGCACAGACUGCAGAGGAAGUGUUGGAGGUUACUGCUGACACAAUCAUGGCUGUUGGGAAAGGCUUAAGCCCCUCACCUCUCUCUCCUUUUAACAUUGCUACUGCUCUUCAUCGUAUUGCUAAGAACAUGGAGAAGGUUUCAAUGACAGAAACACGCAGGCUGGCUUUUGCCCGUCAAAGAGAGAUGUCUAUGCUUGUGGGUAUUGCAAUGACGGCCUUACCAGAAUGUUCAGCUCAAGGUAUCUCAAAUAUAUCAUGGGCAUUGUCCAAGAUUGGAGGUGAGCUUCUUUAUCUAUCAGAAAUGGAUAGAGUUGCAGAGGUGGCCUUAACCAAAGUUUCAGAAUUCAAUUCUCAGAAUGUUGCUAAUGUUGCGGGUGCUUUUGCUUCAAUGCAGCACUCUGCUUCUGAACUCUUUUCAGAAUUGUCAAAAAGGGCAUCGGAUAUAAUUCACACUUUCCAGGAGCAGGAACUUGCUCAGGUCUUGUGGGCUUUUGCUUCUUUACAUGAGCCUGUUGACCCUUUGCUUGAAUCUUUAGAUGGUGUCUUCAAGAAUGCUAGCCAAUUUAAAUUCUGUGAAGAUAUUAGUUUGGACAGCAAUAAAGAUCUUGAUUCUGAUCAAGCUUCAAGAUCUCCUGUCCUCAAUUUCAAUAGGGAUCAACUUGGAAAUAUAGCUUGGUCUUAUGCUGUUUUUGGACAAAUGGAACGGAAUUUCUUUUCUCAUUUAUGGAGAACCCUGAGCCACUUUGAGGAGCAAAGGAUUUCGGAGCAGUAUAGGGAGGAUAUCAUGUUUGCUUCUCAAGUUCAUCUUGUGAACCAAUGCUUGAAGCUAGAGUACUCACAUCUUCAAUUAUCUCUGAGGAGUGCUCUCGAGGACAAAAUUUCUCAUGCAAGAAAAACUAAGAGGUUUAAUACGAAAACAACUUCAUCAUUUCAGAAGGAGGUAGUUCGUCUUCUCGUUAGCACUGGCCUCGAUUGGGUCCUAGAAUAUGUUGUGGAUGGGUAUACUUUAGAUGCAGUUUUGGUUGAUAAGAAGGUUGCUUUGGAGAUUGAUGGGCCAACUCAUUUCUCAAGGAAUACUGGGGCACCUUUAGGACAUACCAUGCUGAAACGCCGCUACAUUACUGCUGCUGGUUGGAAGGUCUAUUCAUUGUCAAAUCAAGAGUGGGAUGAACUUCAAGGCAGCUCCGAGCAACUAGACUACCUAAGAGAAAUCCUCAAAGACCACCUAGGAGGAAGCAACAGCAACAUUGCAUGAUCAGAGAGAGUUGAAGAUUGUCAAUUGAGAGUUAUUGAAAUUUUGGUGGAAUUGUAUUCAUGACCCGAAGAAAGAAAGGAAAAGGCAGAUAUGUAUCUUUGAGUGGAGUAGAAUCAAAGUUCCUCGUAUAAAUUAAAAUGUAUUAGUGAAAUACAUAUUUGUAGAUAAUUUCCAUGCUUGUGGAUGGCAUGAGUUACACAUCAACAACCAAGUGUUCAUUAUAGUCUGCACUAUGGGCAAGAAGCAAAAGCAGUAUGGUUAUUUGACAGAACCUUGAUAGGUCUUCAGUAAGACCCAAGAGUUUGGGUUUUGGGUCCACUCCAUCUUCAUGGCCCAGUGGGGGCAUAUGGGCCUUCCAUUGCGACCCAUCUCUUUCACAUGGUAUACGUCCACUGCUCAGAGAUGGAUUCUAGGAGACUUU